GCCGGGCGGCGGAGCGGGCGGGAGGCUGGGGGGGCUCCCCCCCGCGGGACGGGCGCGGGGACGGCUCCGGGGGGCGGGGGCCGGGGCCCGAGCCGGCUCGCGCGGGGGGUAUGAUGACCCGGCGGCGGGGCCCCGGAUCUCGUCUCCUCCGCCGCCUCCUCACGGCAGCCCCAGCUCGCGGCUGAGAACCAGACACACCGGCGGUAUGGCAUCACAGCUGCAGGUGUUUUCCCCCCCAUCAGUGUCGUCGAGUGCCUUCUGCAGUGCGAAGAAACUGAAAAUAGAGCCCUCUGGCUGGGAUGUUUCUGGACAGAGCAGCAACGACAAAUAUUAUACCCACAGCAAAACCCUCCCAACCACACAAGGGCAAGCCAACUCCUCUCACCAGGUAGCAAAUUUCAACAUCCCUGCUUACGACCAGGGCCUCCUCCUCCCAGCCCCUGCAGUGGAGCAUAUUGUUGUAACAGCCGCUGAUAGCUCGGCCAGCGCUGCUACAUCAACCUUCCAAAGCAGCCAGACCCUGACUCACAGAAGCAACGUUUCUUUGCUUGAGCCAUAUCAAAAAUGUGGAUUGAAAAGGAAAAGUGAAGAAGUUGACAGCAACGGUAGUGUGCAAAUCAUAGAAGAACAUCCCCCUCUCAUGCUGCAAAACAGGACUGUGGUGGGUGCUGCUGCCACAACCACCACUGUGACCACAAAGAGUAGCAGUUCCAGCGGAGAAGGGGAUUACCAGCUGGUCCAGCAUGAGAUCCUUUGCUCUAUGACCAACAGCUAUGAAGUCUUGGAGUUCCUAGGCAGGGGAACAUUUGGACAGGUGGCUAAGUGCUGGAAGCGAAGCACCAAGGAAAUUGUGGCUAUUAAAAUCUUGAAGAACCAUCCCUCGUAUGCCAGACAAGGACAGAUUGAAGUGAGCAUCCUUUCCCGCCUAAGCAGUGAAAAUGCUGAUGAGUAUAAUUUUGUCCGUUCUUAUGAAUGUUUUCAGCAUAAGAAUCACACCUGCCUUGUGUUCGAGAUGCUGGAGCAGAACUUAUAUGAUUUUCUAAAGCAGAACAAGUUUAGCCCACUGCCACUCAAGUACAUCAGACCAAUCUUGCAGCAGGUGGCCACAGCCCUGAUGAAGCUCAAGAGCCUUGGUUUGAUUCACGCUGACCUUAAGCCUGAAAACAUAAUGCUGGUUGAUCCAGUGCGCCAACCCUACCGAGUGAAGGUCAUUGACUUUGGUUCUGCUAGUCAUGUUUCCAAAGCUGUGUGCUCAACCUACUUACAGUCACGUUACUACAGAGCCCCUGAAAUUAUUCUUGGAUUACCAUUUUGUGAAGCUAUUGAUAUGUGGUCACUGGGGUGUGUGAUAGCUGAGCUGUUCCUGGGAUGGCCUCUUUAUCCUGGUGCUUCAGAAUAUGAUCAGAUUCGUUACAUUUCACAAACACAAGGCCUGCCAGCUGAAUAUCUUCUCAGUGCCGGGACAAAAACAACCAGGUUUUUCAACAGAGAUCCUAAUUUGGGGUACCCACUGUGGAGGCUUAAGACACCUGAAGAACAUGAAUUGGAGACUGGAAUCAAAUCAAAAGAAGCCCGAAAGUACAUUUUUAAUUGUUUAGAUGACAUGGCUCAGGUGAAUAUGUCCACAGACUUAGAGGGAACAGACAUGUUGGCAGAGAAGGCAGAUCGAAGAGAAUACAUUGAUCUGUUAAAAAAAAUGCUAACAAUUGAUGCAGAUAAGAGAAUUACUCCUCUGAAAACUCUAAACCAUCAAUUUGUGACAAUGACUCACCUCUUGGAUUUUCCACAUAGCAAUCAUGUUAAGUCUUGUUUUCAGAACAUGGAGAUCUGCAAGCGGAGGGUUCACAUGUAUGAUACAGUGAGUCAGAUCAAGAGUCCCUUCACUACUCAUGUUGCCCCAAAUACAAGCACAAAUCUAACCAUGAGCUUCAGCAACCAGCUCAAUACAGUGCACAAUCAGGCCAGUGUUCUAGCUUCCAGUUCUACUGCCGCAGCUGCUACCCUUUCUCUGGCUAAUUCAGAUGUCUCACUGCUAAACUACCAGUCGGCUUUGUACCCAUCAUCUGCAGCACCAGUUCCUGGAGUUGCCCAGCAGGGUGUUUCAUUGCAGCCUGGAACCACUCAGAUUUGCACUCAGACAGAUCCAUUCCAACAAACAUUUAUAGUAUGUCCACCUGCUUUUCAGACUGGACUACAAGCAACAACAAAGCAUUCUGGAUUCCCUGUGAGGAUGGAUAAUGCUGUGCCAAUUGUACCCCAGGCGCCAGCUGCUCAGCCACUACAGAUACAGCCGGGAGUUCUUACACAGGGAAGCUGUACACCACUAAUGGUAGCAACUCUCCACCCUCAAGUAGCCACCAUCACACCGCAGUAUGCGGUGCCCUUUACUCUGAGCUGCGCAGCCGGCCGGCCGGCGCUGGUUGAACAGACUGCCGCUGUACUGCAGGCUUGGCCUGGAGGAACCCAGCAAAUUCUCCUGCCUUCAACUUGGCAACAGUUGCCUGGGGUAGCUCUCCACAACUCUGUCCAGCCCACAGCAGUGAUUCCAGAGGCCAUGGGCAGUGGCCAGCAGCUCGCGGACUGGAGGAGUGCCCACUCUCAUGGUAACCAGUACAGCACUAUCAUGCAGCAGCCAUCCCUGCUGACUAACCAUGUGACAUUGGCCACUGCUCAGCCCCUGAAUGUUGGUGUUGCCCAUGUUGUCAGACAACAACAAUCCAGUUCCCUCCCUUCAAAGAAGAAUAAGCAGGCUGCUCCGGUUUCUUCCAAGUCCUCUCUGGAUGUUCUGCCUUCUCAAGUCUAUUCUCUGGUUGGGAGCAGUCCCCUCCGUACUACAUCUUCUUAUAAUUCUCUAGUCCCCGUCCAAGAUCAGCAUCAGCCAAUCAUCAUUCCAGAUACUCCCAGCCCUCCUGUGAGUGUCAUCACUAUCCGCAGUGACACUGAUGAGGAAGAGGACAACAAAUAUAAGCCCAGUAGCUCUGGCCUGAAGGCAAGGUCUAAUGUCAUCAGUUAUGUCACUGUCAAUGAUUCUCCGGACUCUGACUCUUCCUUGAGCAGCCCGUAUUCCACUGAUACCCUGAGUGCACUCCGGGGGAAUAGUGGACCCCUUCUGGAGGGGCCCGGCAGAGUCGUGGGAGAUGGCACUGGCACCCGCACCAUCAUUGUGCCUCCACUGAAAACUCAGCUUGGUGACUGCACUGUAGCAACCCAGGCCUCAGGUCUCCUGAGCAGUAAGACCAAGCCAGUGGCCUCAGUGAGUGGGCAGUCAUCUGGAUGUUGUAUCACCCCCACAGGGUAUCGAGCUCAACGUGGGGGGACCAGCGCAGCACAGCCGCUCAACCUUAGCCAGGCUCCACAUUGCAAGAGGGACAUGAAGAACUUAGAGGAGAACAAAAGAAAACACUGGCAAGAAAGAAAGAACCAGCAAUCUUCGUCAGCUCCAACCUCGCAGGAGAGAAGCAGCAACCCUGCCCCCCGCAGGCAGCAGGCGUUUGUGGCCCCACUCUCCCAAGCCCCCUACGCCUUCCAGCAUGGCAGCCCACUGCACUCGACGGGGCACCCACACCUGGCCCCAGCCCCUGCUCACCUGCCAAGCCAGCCUCACCUGUAUACGUAUGCUGCCCCCACCUCUGCUGCUGCAUUGGGCUCUACCAGCUCCAUUGCUCAUCUCUUCUCCCCCCAGGGCUCCUCAAGGCAUGCUGCAGCCUAUACCACCCACCCUAGCACUCUGGUGCACCAGGUCCCUGUCAGUGUCGGGCCCAGCCUUCUCACUUCUGCCAGUGUGGCCCCUGCUCAGUACCAACACCAGUUUGCCACCCAGUCCUACAUUGGGUCUUCCCGAGGCUCAGCAAUUUACACUGGAUACCCACUUAGUCCUACCAAGAUCAGCCAGUAUUCCUACUUGUAGUGGGUGACCAUGAGGGAGGAGGGGUCAUGGCUGCCUGUUCCUGGCCCUGAGUUCUUAAUAAUGGGCAAGGAUAAGCUCCUCCUUUACUCUGUCUUGAAACUCCUUAGCCAGCAACUUGUUCUGCAGGGGCCCACUGAAGCAGAAGGUUUUUCUCUGGGGAACCUGUCUCAGUGUUGACUGCAUUAUUGUAGUCUCCCAAAGUCUGCCCUAUUUUUUAAUUCUUUAUUUUUGUGACAGCAUUUUUGGUAUUUGGAAGAGUUCAGAUGCCCAUCUUCUUCAGUUACCAAGGACGAGAGAUCAUUCUGAAGUUACCCUUUGAAAAAUAUUUUCUCUCUCUGACGUGAUUUCUAUAAAUGCUUUUAAAAACAAGUGAAGCCCCUCUUUAUUUAAGUUUGUUUUAUUGUAAUUGCUGGUCAAAGGGAAAAUGCUGAUAGAAGGACUUGAAAUCUGGAAACAAGUAAAAAAAGAAAAAUUACUACUUUUUGCUUGUUUAAAAACCAAGACUUAAUUGCCUAUUUUAAGAGCAUUUUACACAAGUCUGUAUUUUGCUAUCAGGCAUUUCUCCUUAAAAUUUUACUUUUGUUUAUGGGACAUUUAAACUUACAGCGUGUUAGUUUUGUUUUCAUGUUGCAUUAUACUCAAUGGACGAUUGUUAUUUUGCAAAACUGGUUACAUACUACCCUGUUACUAUUGGGAUCUCUCAGUUGCUCCUGUGUUUAUUGUAAAGUAAUGGUAGGAAGCAGCUCACCGUUUGUUGAUAACUUAGUGUGGGAGAAUCUGUACCUACCGUGACAGCACCAGGUAUUCUCUUCAGUGAAGCACCGUGCGUUCUUUUUAAAUUAUUUUUAAAAAGUCCUUCUCUCUCUGGUUCAGCUUAAAUUUUAUUAUUGGAAAAGCCGUGAAGGAAGUUAUUAUUCUUUGGUGGCGGUGGUUUUAUUAUAUGCAAAAUCUCCUUGUAUUAUGCGAUACUGGCGUUGAUAAGCUAUGCCUAAAGGUUGUUGGCAUUGAUGAGCUUUGCCUGAAGAUUAGUAUGAAUUUUCAAUAAUACACCUCUCUCUCUUUGCCUCAUCUCUCCCUUCUGUUCUAUGUGAUUUAUUUGGGGAGAAAGCUAAAGAAUCUGAAUCCAGAUAAGAACGUUGUGUAUAGCUUUUAUACUUUAAAGUAGCUUCCUUUGUAUGCCAGCAGCAAACUGAAUGCUCUCUUAUUAAGACUUAUACAAUAAGUGCAUGUAGGAAUUGCAAAAAAUAUUUUAAAAAUUUAUUACUGAAUUUAAAAAUAUUUUAGAAGUUUUGUAAUGGUGGUGUUUUAAUAUUUUGCAUAAUUAAAUAUGUACAUAUUGAUUAGAAAAAUAUAACAAGCAACUUUUACUGCUAACCUAACAUGUUAUUUGUAAUCAAAUGUGUAGUGAUUACACUUGAAUUGUGUAUUUAGUGUGUAUCUGAUCCUCCAGUGUUACCCCGGAGAUGGAAUUGAUGUCUCCAUUGUAUUUAAACCAAAAUGAACUGAUACUUGUUGGAAUGUAUGUGAACUAAUUGCAAUUAUAUUAGAGCAUAUUACUGUAGUGCUGAAUGAGCAGGGGCAUUGCCUGCAAGGAGAGGAGACCCUUCAAAUUGUUUUGCACAGGUGUGUCUGGUGAGGAGUUGUUCAGUGUGUGUCUCUUCCUUCCCUUUCUCCUCCUUCCCUUAUUGUAGUGCCUUAUAUGAUAAUAUAGUGGUUAAUAGAGUUUACAGUGAGCUUGCCUUAGGAUGGACCAGCAAGCCCCCGGGGACCCUAAACUGUUCACUGGGAUUUAUCAGAACAGGAUUAGUAGCUGUGUUGUGUAAAUGCAUUGUUUUCAGUUUUCCUGCCGACAUUGAAAAAUAAAAACAGCAGCUUUUCUCCUUUACCAUCACUUCUACCCCUUUCCACUUUGGAAUCUCAGCUGACUUCUCACAGAAGCAUUUUCCCCAUGUGGCUCUCUCACUGUAUGUUGCUACUUUGCUUCUGUGAGAAUUCAGGAAGCCGGUGAGAGGAGUCAAGCCAAUAUUAAAUAUGCAUUUUUUUUUCCUUCUUUUAAGGUAUGUGCAAUCACUUUUAGAAUGAGAUUUUUUUUUUCCUUUCCCAUGUGGCAGUCCUUCCUGCAAAUAGUUGACAUUCCUAGUAAAAUAUCUGCUCGUUGAAGAAAACAUGUAACAGAUGUAUUUAUACCAAAGAGCCUGUUGUAUUACUUGCCGUGUCCCCAUACUAUGAGGAGGAGUUUUGUGAUGCCGCUGGUGACAGGGAACUAACUCACAGAAAGGUUUCUCAGCCAGUGAAGAAUAUUGAGAAGGAACCAAAGCCUGUUGAGUCAUUGGGCUUUUGAGGUUUCUUUUUAACAACUUGUAUAUUCUUGGGGCCCUUCAAACUGUGAAAUUGUCCUUGUACUCUCAGCUCCUGCAUGGAUCUGGGUCAAGUAGAGGGUACUGGGGAUGGGGAUGUUCCUGCCCAUAAAAAGAUUUUGGAGAGGAAAGUUAACCCUAAGAUACAGAUGUGUUCCAUCUGAAUUGAAAAUUACAUAUUUGAGAGAGAAGUCUAGGACUGGUUCUUUGUAGAGAUGGUGUCAAGGAGGUGCAGGAUGGAGAUGGGAGAUUUCUGGAGCCUGGUCAGCAAGCUCUGUACCAGGUUGAACACCGAGGAGCUGUUAAGGUAUUUGGAGUUUCUUCAUUGUAAGGAGUAAGGGCUUCCAAGAUGGGGCAGAUGGUCAGUACAGCCUACCAGGAACAUGUCGCUGUUUUCCGUGUAUUUUUCUUUAUCAUUAUAUUGAGUUGUGUUUUCAGCACUAUGUUGGUCAAGAUACCCAAGCAGUUUGUAUAGUUUCUGUCACUAGUGUUAUACAGUUUUCUGGUCAGUGUGUGUGAUCAUCGUGUCUCCUUUUUUGCCAAGCACAUUCUGAUUUUCUUGCUCAAAGGCAGACCUAGUUUCUAAUGGAAACAUUUUUUGUUCCUUAUCCUUCCUCUACAAGGGAUAAGAUUUGUUGUUUUUGUAAGAAAUGAGAUGCAGGAAAAAAAACCCACUCCACUCCUGCUCUCCUCCCCCAGUCCAAUUAGUAGAUACCGUUUAAGAUAAGAGUCUUAACUUCUCGGGGAAAAGACAAUACCAAGAGCUUGUAUUGUUACCUUAAUCACCUUACUAGCAGUGUGUGGCUUUAAGAAUUUUAGAGAUUUACAGUCUUAGUCUACAAAUUGGCAUUUCACAUUUACGAAGCUAAAAAUCCACCUGUGUCUACUGAAUGUGUGUGUGCUCAGUGUGGCUCUAGAUUCUGUCCCUGGGGCUUAGCAUUGCCAGCCCUGACAGGAUGGGGGAAGCCCCGUGAAUUUAGUGAGCAGCUGGCCUGGGUCAUCGUGCCUUGACCUCAGACCGGCUUAAAGCUUUUUAAGUCCUCUCAGAACUUGCAUUUCCAGCUUCUCCCCUUCAGAAUGAGAGAGAAAGUGGGGAAGGGUUAAGUCUAGCCACUCUAGGCUCAUCAGAACACUUGACCCCUCCAGAGUUUUUAAUAGCUCCCAGGAGGUGAAUCUACUGUCAGUGCUCAGCUAAAAUACCAGCCCCAAGAAUGAGAACUCCAUUUCAAACAGUUCUGGCCAUCCAUCAACCUCCACUAGAGGGGCUAAGUUUGACUGCUCUUAGCCAGGCAAGCACAGUAAUGUGUGUUUUAUUCAGCAUUAUUAUGCAAAACCCCACUGGUUAGGAUGGUUUGUUUUAGGAUAGGAAAUGAAAUUGCCUCUUGGUGACAGGAAUGGCCCAAGCCUGCUUCCUAUUUUGAUUUUUUUUUUUUAACUGAUGGAUGGUGCAGCAUGUCUACAUGGUUGUUUGUUGCUAAACUUUAUAUAAUGUGUGGUUUUGAUUCAGCUUGAAGAAUAAUCUCACUACAUGUAGCAGUACAUUAUAUGUACAUUAUAUGUAAUGUUAGUAUUUCUGCUUUGAAUCCUUGAUAUUGCAAUGGAAUCCCAACUUUACUAAAUGUAUUUGAUAUGCUAGUUAUUGUGUGCGAUUUAAACUUCUUUUGCUUUCUCCCUUUUCUGGUUGUGCGCUUCCUUUUACAACAAGCCUCUAGAAACAGUUUCUGAGAAUUACUGAGCUAUGUUUGUAAUGCAGAUGUACUUAGGGAGUAUGUAAAAUAAUCAUUUUAACAAAAGAAAUAGAUAUUUAAAAUUUAAUACUAACUACGGGAAAAGGGUCCAUUGUGUAAAACAUAGUUUAUCUUUGGAUUCAAUGUUUGUCUUUGGUUUUACAAAGUAGCUUGUAUUUUCAGUAUUUUCUACAUAAUAUGGUAAAAUGUAGAGCAAUUGCAAUGCAUCAAUAAAAUGGGUAAAUUUUCUGA